AUCUGUUGCGGUUCGCUUGCGGAUGACGUGGUUGCAAGGAGUUCGGUGGUUCGAUCUGGUUUCAUGUGGUUCGUAGCCAGUGAUGCUGUAAUUUGUAAUCUAGUGGGAAAAUAGCUAAACUGGCAGCAAAAAACUUAACAGACCGUCGCUAACUUUUAACGUUUAACAUUCUGUUCAUCCCAAAGGCUGAAUUCGGAAAGGGUAUUCGUAGGGUACUAAAAAAAGCUCGCGAGUAAAGAAAAAUCAAGUCAAAAUCAAGCAUUAAAAACUGAAAAAUGUCUAACGGCGAUUGUUUUAUUGUAUUGCCUGAAAACUGUGCCUCUGGAUCUUUAAUUGUGGGUCGCAAUGCAGAAGAUGCCGAUGGACAAUUGCUAGGCAUGUCGACCGAAAUCUGCUAUUAUGACCCAGACGAAGUUUUAACAGGAAAGACUGAUGGCGGAGCCAAAGUGGAGACGGCGUCGGAUACCUUUCGUGUGAUUUUGCAAAAACCCAAACUCGGACUAUGGGGUGGAGACUUUGGAGCCAAUGACCAGGGAUUGGCUGUGGGUUUGACUUGGUCUAGUGGCGAUGCAGAAGCCAAGGAUUCGGACAGCCUUUUGGCAACGGAUUUGGUGCGAUUGGCCCUGGCCCUUUGCUCAACUGCCGAGGCUGCUGUAGAACGCCUUGGACUUAUGGUAUCUAGUUAUAGUCAGGAUAGUUUUAAAUUUAAUUUUAUUGUAUGUGAUUCGUCCUCCGGCUGGUUGGUCAGUUGCUCUGGGAAGCUUUGGGCCGCUGAGAAAGUGGAGGCGCCUUUUCUUCGCGUGCCCAGUGGUGGCUUAACUGUGGGCUCAAAAAUAGCCAAGUCCACAGAAUCAUUGAAUGUCGAUGAUAAUUUUGCUUCUAGCCAAGAUGCUGAAGCCCAAGCGCCUCCAGAAGAGUGGUGUGGCCCCAAGCCUUUGGCUGAUAAAUCCUAUACUCAUUAUAACAUGUUUGAGACCUUGAGAGCAGCCAGUCGGGGAUCUAGCUCUAGGGGAGCCAAUGUCUCGGUUUUAAAUCUCAAAAGCAUUUCAUGCCAUUGGUUUACCGCCACGCCAAAUGCCGCAGAAUCUGUGUUCAAACCAUUUGUGUUUGCCCCAAAUCCAAAAAUCUCCCCGUUGACUCAAGUGCAGCCGGAGGCGGAAUUGACUUUGCUCCAUAAGCUGCACAACCAGAAAAAACCUGCGGCCUUGGAGCAUUUGCGUAGCCUGGAACGUUCCUGUGUGGAUGAGCUAAACAAUUAUUUCUCUCUACAAGACCAUCCCAGUGAGGAGUUGGACGAACUACUCAAGGAUUGCGUAGAAGCAGAGGUCAAAUUCUAUCGCUAAAAGUAAACGAGAAAAUCUUUGACAUUCCAGGAAAUAGUUUAAUUCAAGCGUACUCCAAAGUGAUUAUCAUUUUUUUGACUUAUUCAUUAUUUAUUGUAAUCUCUGCGUGAUAAUUUAUAACUUAUUUUAAUAUUAAUUUUUUUAUUGUUUCUUUGGCUUCUCUUUUCUCUGAUUUCAAAUUAACAUAAAGUAUUAUGAGGAUUAUUAUUAUUGCAUUAAUAUAUAUAUAACUUGUACACCAUAUAAAUAAUAUCUAAAGAAUA